AUUAUAAAAAAAAAAAAAAAAAAACCAUCCUAAUGCCAUUUCUGGUCAGAGAAUGAUAAAAGAGAACCAGCCGACACAUUAAUCAUUUGCAUAAAUUACGAAAAUAACCAAACAAACUAACACAUAAUAAAUAGAGAAAAAGAAAAGAAGGAAUUGAACCUCUGAAACAAGAAGAUGAUGGGAAGUGGAGAUGUGAAGCUGUUGAGCUUUUGGGUGAGUCCAUUUGGUAAAAGGGUUGAGUGGGCUUUGAAACUGAAGGGAAUAGAGUAUGAGUAUAUUGAAGAAGAUAUCUUCAACAAGAGCAAUCUCCUUCUCCAGUUGAACCCGGUUCACAAGAAGGUUCCGGUUCUUGUUCAUGCCCACAAACCGAUUGCAGAGUCAUUCAUCAUCCUUGAAUACAUUGAUGAAACAUGGAAGCAGUAUCCAUUGUUACCUUGCCAUCCUCAUCAAAGAGCUCUUGCUCGCUUUUGGGCUACUUCUGUUGAACAAAAGCUUGGGAAGGCUGGAUGGGUAGCAAUGUCUACCAGCGGGGAAGAACAGGAAAAGGCUGUGAAGGAAGCCAUAGAAAUGAUGGAGAAAAUAGAAGAAGAGAUUAAGGGAAAGAAAUUUUUUGGAGGAGACAAUAUUGGGUACCUUGACAUUGCUCUUGGAUGGAUUGCUUACUUGGUUCCUGUUUGGGAGGAAGUUGGAUCAAUGCAGAUAAUUGACCCAUUGAAAUUUCCAGCCACUACUGAAUGGAUAACCAAUUUUCUCAGCCACCCUUUGAUCAAGGACAGUUUGCCCCCAAGAGAUAAGAUGCUUGUUUACUACCACAAUCGCAAGAACAACUUGCCUUCCGUCUUUCGUAACUUGGUCAAGGAUUAGAUUUGUUCCUCCAUGUGUGUGUGGAAUCAAAUUCAGUGAAGCUAUCCUUUUCUCACAGAUGAUGUCUUAAACAAAUUAUGAAUUGAUUAAAUUUACUCUAGUAACAUGUACGUCUUUAACUGAUUGUAAAGGUUUUAUAUACUUUGGGAGUAAGUAUAUAACGAUACAACGCCUUUUUGGUUGUAUCAUUAUAUACUUGUUUAUUUCCGUAAAUCGCUUAUCAAGCGUUACACUUACAUUUUAUACAACUUUAUCUAGCGAAUUUUUGGUGAAGCUCGUGAGUUUGAUGUAACUAACGUCCGGGAAGUGCGUGAGGGCUCCUCAAAGCACAGUAAUGUUUAAAUUAGAGUUUGCAAAUUGCACUAGGAACAAUAGCACAAUCAACUAGGAAGACGACUGAGUGAAAAUGUGCAUAUUCGUAGGUAAGCAAACUGGAUUGAGAUCUGAUAUUCCAAUCCAAACCCAUGUUCAGUAAUCUGUGUACAUUAUGGAUCGGGAAAACUAUUUUGUGUGGUCAAA